UGCAUGCCAAAAAUCUUUGAAAAACCAAACCUCGUAUGAUCCUUUUUUCUCUUCCCCAAAUCUCAUUCCAUCCCUCAUGCUGGCUUAAAUUCAUAAAUAUGGUCAUGGGCGGACUCCUCUAAAAGGGCGAGCUGCAUUAUAAGCGCCCAGACAUUGCACGAACGGGGCCUUUAACAUUAUUCAUACAAUAUUCUUACUCUUAUUAAAAAGUUCAUAGCCCGAUUGAAGAAUUAGAAAACCCAAAUCCAGACAAGAAUGUAUAAAAUCAUAAGUUCGUUAUGGAUAUAUUUAUUCAUGUUACUGAUAUUCUUGUCUAGUGGGAUUCAUGUUGGCGCCUACUUGGCCGUAAAUUGGGGGAGGAUGUCAACACAAAAGUUUGUUCCGUCGAUGGUGGUGGAUUUACUCUUACAGAAUCGAAUUUCAGGGGUGAGAAUUUUUCAACCAAGCUUUAAUGUUCUCGAUGCUCUUGCUGACACCAAUAUCGGUGUCAUCAUAACCAUACAAGCGCGUUUUCUCCAAACAAUGAAGGAGAAAAAACAAUUGGAUGACUUUAUUUAUGAUCGUGUGAAACAAUAUAUCGACAAAGGAGUUAAAUUCAGGUAUUUGUACGUGGGGAACGAACCUUUUCUGAAAUCAUUAUAUAAGAAAGAUCGAUUUAACAAUAUUGUUCAUUUCCUGAAUAUGACUAGAGAUUCUCUUGAUGGCUUUAACCUACGAGAUCUCAAAGUUACAACUCCCCAUUUCACGGAUGUCUUAAUAAAAGUGAACAAGCCAUCAGAAGGUGAUUUUCGAGAAGAUAUAAAGGACGAAAUGAUUGAAUUCCUUGAUUACAUUAACAAAACUGGUGGCCCUUUCGUUAUCAACGUUUUCCCAAUCUAUACGAUUUAUAGAUACGGAUUUGAUGCAGACUUUGCUUUCUUCGAUAAUAAAUCCAAGUUCAAAAUCAUAGAUGGCAAUAACACCUACAAUAAUCUCUUCACUUUCAUUUAUGAUACGCUUGUUUGUGCUCUAACAAAGGUAGGUUAUGGUGAUAUGGAGAUUAUUAUCGGGCAAAUUGGUUGGCCUACAGAUGGAUACAUUGGUGCAAAUGUGGAAAAUGCUGAAAGAUUUUAUCGUGGCCUUUUGAAAUAUAUUGCAAGGAAGGAAGGAACUCCACUACGCCCAAAUUGGGAUAUAAGUAUGUAUCUUCAAUCCUUAACUGAUGAGAAUAAGAAUGAGCUAGAAUAUGGCCCUUAUCAGCGACAUUGGGGUAUCUAUAAACUCGAUGGUCAACCAAAGUAUAAAAUUGAUUUCACCAUGCAAGACCGAGAUAUCAAACCUUCUGUCGCCAAAGGUAUAGUGCUGUUGCCAAGCAGAUGGUGUGUGUUUGAUGGUAAGACCGAUCACAACGAGACGCUAGUGUUGCAAGAUUACGAGUACGCCUGUUACACCUCAGACUGUAGUUCCUUGGGCGCUGGUGCAACUUGUGAUCGCCUCAGUUUUACACAGAAGGUCUCUUAUGCAUACAAUAUACGUUACCAAACGGCAAAUCAGAAUAUACAUAAAUGCGAAUUGAUAGGCGCUGAGAUCAGCACAAUUAAUCCUUCAACUCCAGAAUGUGAGUUCUCAAUUGAGAUCUUAACCGCAGAGGUUGUGGAUGGUGGAUCUUUAAUAAACAAGAAAUACUAGAGUGUCACCUAUUAAAAAAUAAAUAUUCCUUCUAUCCCAAUUUAUACGACACUCUUUCCUUUUUAAUCAGUCACAAAAAGAAUGAUACAUUUCUAUAUUUAGUAGCACAACUUUAAAUUUACAUUUUUACCUUUGAUGAAAUAAUUUCUGGCUACACAAAUUUUUAUGAAUUUUUUAAACCAUAAAUUUUAAAAGUCUUCCUUUAUAUUUUAAAUUGCAUGCCUGGUCAAACAACUUCAUAUAAAAUGGGACGAAGGGAGUAUUAUUGUAGUAUAUAUACUGGUCAUUUCCUUCUUAACAUGUAUAUAUAUAUAUAUAUUGUACUCCAUCAUUUUGAGAAUGCUCUGUAAAUUUUUGAAAAAUCUAUAAGAUUUCUAACCCUGAAUAAAUUAAUCG